UAAUUUGACACCAAAACAGAAGAACAGACAAACGUUUAUUUUACUACACUACGCCAAAAAACAAAAACUCGAAAAUCAAAACAAAUAAAUUUCAUUGUUUUAAAAUAUCUAACUUAUUUAGAUAACUUUCAUCAAUUUAAUUAAAUUCUCAAAAAUGUAUAAUCAGACAAAACCAAAUUACCAAUCGAACAGAGGAAUGGUUGAAGUGGAAUCGGACGACGAGGACGAUGAAAGCAAGAGGACAAUUUUCUGUGCGAAUCUCGAUAACAGGGUCACCGAGGAGUUGCUCUAUGAAGUUUUCCUACAAGCUGGACCAAUUGAAUCAGUUAGAAUUCCCAAAGACAAUGGAGGCAGACAAAAGACCUUCGGCUUUAUAACCUACGUCCACAAGUGCACUGUGCCAUACGCAUUGAGGCUCCUUUCUGGCCUCAGUCUCUUCCGGAAGUGUCUAACAAUCAAGGUAAAAGACCAACCAGUCGCCGGCGGCGGCGGAGGAGGCUUACCCAUCGAUUGUGAGCCACUUCAACGAAGAGGUGGCCCAGGCGGUGGCAGAAAUUUCAAUGGAGCCAGUAAUCCCUUCAAACGAGAUAACUCCCCACCACCAAAAAGAAUCGAAUGGUGUUCAGGUUCAGCAGGUUCCCAGAGGCGAAGUGAUGAUCUUCAAAAGCAUUCGUCGCACAAUUCACCUCGACACCAUCAGAUUUCUCCGUAUUCUCGGUCGGAUCCGUCAAGAGAUCACGGAGGCGGCGGACAUCAUAACAGAAAUAAUAACAGCAACAACAACAGCAGACGCUCAGAGCAAAGAAACAGACACAGAUAACACGUUAGAACGAUGGGAAUCCUUUCCUCGUAAAGGAACUUUGUACAAAUCUUUUAAAAAAACACCCAUCCGUGCAUUAUCGAAGUAACAAAAUAAAACAUCCAAAAUUUCAAUUUGCCGGAUCCGCAUCCGCAUAGCAAUAUUAACCAAAUUCAAAUUUUCUCUGUAAGAUUUUUCUCUGUACAUAGAUUAUGAAUUUUUAUAAAAAAAAAGAACGAAUAUGUAUGUAA